AGUCUACGCACUUCCGGUCGAGAUUGGUUGAUGCAGCUGCUCUCGAGUUCGGCUCUCACGUUGUCGUGCGCGCCGUCAGCUCGUCUCUUUCCGUCGACACCGUCGCGAGUUCGCGUUGCAUGUGGCAACGCAAACGGUAAUGAAUCCUGACCAUUCCUACCAGACCCGCCAGACUCCACCUCCUCCACCUGACCAACAAGCCAGAGGGAUGGAGUUCAUAUCCGGGCCUGGGCAGCCGAGACUGCAGCUGUGGCAGUUUUUGUUUGAGAUCUUGAACAAGGAGGAGUUUUCGUCGAUUAUUCGUUGGACGAAUGUCAAGCCUGGAGAAUUCAAGGUGAUCGAGACCGAAGAGGUGGCCAGACUGUGGGGUCUACGAAAGGGAAGACCGAACAUGAACUACGACAAACUCAGUCGAUCACUGAGGUACUACUACGACAAGGGAAUUCUUGAAAAAGUUCCCGGGCAACGUCUCGUCUACAAGUUUGAUAGCGAGUUGAAGAAGAGGCAGGAUCAACUGGUCAAUUCAAUGCCUGGAACGUUGACCAGUCCUGUUCUACCUGUCGUCAGCAUUGCUACUGAACUGAGCACAGCGAAUGGCGGCGACGGGCGUCCGAGUUCUGCAUUUGAUUCUGUUGCUCCUCUUGGUCCACCGAACAAGAAGGCGAAGUUCUACCCAAGUGGAAUCAAAUUGUCUCCCGAAGACAUCGAAUCUCGAGGACCUGAAGCCACUGCUCUAUUCUUUCAAGCCCUCAAAGAUGGCCGCACCAGUUUCCGACGAUCUCGGCUCUUCUUGGUCGGUCCAGCUCGUAGCGGGAAGACGUCGCUAAAACGAGCUCUACUGGGUCAACUGUUCAAUGCCAAAGAGGAGAGCACGGUUGGUGUUGAAUGUGAAGCGAAUGUCUGUGUGAUGGAACAAGGACAGAAGACAGCAUGGAAGUUGAAAGAUCAUCGUCCAUUCAAGACCAAGUCAUUCGAGAAGGAGGUGGCCAAGUAUAUCUCCCGUGAGCUCAAGAAGCUAAAACAGCAACAACCUAAACCCAUGGUGGUCGCUCCCGUAUCGCAAGUCGAUGGUGAAUUGCCACUUAACGGCCACCAAAUGGGAAGAAAUGGAGAAGAAACGAACAGAGCCUUUGCAAUAGCUUCGUCUGCUCUGAUGCCUGUCACCAAGAACGAGGCAGUUGGCACUUUGACAAGUCCCGUGCCCGAGGACAUUGUCACUCGAGUGUCCGCCAACCUGAAGGCGAGCGAAAUGGCCUCAGCUCGAUACGACGCCGACAAACCAACGUCCGUGAAUAUCUGGGAUAUGGCCGGUCAGUCGCUCUACAGGAUCCUCCAGUCGUCGCUCUUUGUGUCUCACGCGAUCUACACGGUCGUACUCGAUCUCUCCCUCGAUUUCAACCAACCGCAUCCGGUCACGGCUCUCCACAACGGUCAGACGAUCGUACUGGAAGAGAACCCGGAAGAAACGUAUCUGGAUCAGAUCACUCACUGCAUCGAGAGCAUUCAUGCCGCAGUCGAGUCGACGAAGGAUGCGACAAGCGACCCGGCGUUCCCCAUCAUGAUCAUUGUGGGCACGCAUAAGGAUAAGCUCGGUCGCGAUCGACAGGAAGUCGAGAAGAGAGUCAAAGCAAAGUUUGCCGCACUCAAGCGUGUGCUCUCCGGUACUCCCUAUCAUAAGUACGUCACGUACCCAUUCUUUGCCAUUGAUCUCUCGAUGGGCGCGAUCACCGAAGAUCCGGUGAUCGAGGAUCUCCGGGUGCAUAUCGAGGAGCUAAUCCGUACGCGUUUCGGUCGCUACGUUCCCAUCCGAUGGCUCAAGUUCGACAAGCUCAUGGAUGCGUGUCGACGACAAAGCCGGUUCUAUAUGAGCAUCGAGGAAGUCGCCGAGAUCUCGAAGGAGGAAUGUUUCAUCAAGGAUCCGACGGAGUUCAGCGAGAUGCUCCGGUUCUAUCACCAACAGGGCGAGAUCAUGCAUCAACCGAGAUGCACCCAGUUGGCGACGGUCAUUCUCACGAAGCCUCAGUGGCUGAUUGGGGCGCUCAAACGUCUCAUUCACAUUCAGUUGCCGAUGGAAGAGGAUCAUGAGGCUGCGCCUUUCCACGAGUCCUGGCAACGACUUCAAGCGGAGGGAAUCCUCGAAGACCAACUCAUCAACUAUGUCUGGACUGACUAUGCUCAACACAAGUUGGUUCUCAUCGAUUUCAUGCAGAAGAUGGAUCUCCUCUGCCCUCGUCUGAUGUCCGAGCAAGCGACCAGUCAGGACGUCAGUUACUACAUGCCGUCGCUUCUUCAGAUCAAACCGAAUCACGAAGAGUUCUGUGAGUCUCUAAGUCAGGAGCGCGACGCCGAGGUCCUCGCCAUGGUCUUCUCACAAAGCCACCUCCCGCUCGAUUUCUUCUCUCGGCUUCUCGUCCGAUGCCUCUUGUUGUGCCCAUUCCAUCCAAGUCUCUUCCACACGUGCGCACGCUUCGAGAUCGAUCCCGAUCACGACCUGGUCCUCCUCGCGUCUCGAGAUCACGUCAAAUUUGUUGUUCAGAAUACGCAGUUUGGUAGCACGGCCGGUCUACCGUCGCCUUCCGUCUGCGUCGAGGUCCUCCGCUUUAUCAAAGCGACCACUGAAGAGUUGAGGCAGCAGUGGAUGCCCGGGUUGGAGUUCAACGUCUGUACUCGACAUCCGGGUCCCAUUUCCCCCAAUCACGAGUGGGUCCCCUUGCCAGAUGAUCUGCAGUGGAUUCAGGAUAAGGUGCUGACAGCAGGCGAUGGUCAGACGUUUGUCCCUGGAUACACACUGUUGCUAUGGUUUCAGAACAAUGAGCCGGCCUCUCCGCUCUCGAUUCGUGAUCGUUUGACUUACAACGUCCGUGUCCACUUGGCCAAGUUGUUCGACGCCCCACAACUUCCCGUCCCCGAUUGGCGAUCCCUCGCUCUCUACCUCGGAUUCACGCAUUCCGAGAUGGCCAUCUUCGACCAGACCAACUCACCAACUCUCAGCCUCCUCACAGAGUGGGAGAAACGAGAGAUGAGCACGACCAUCCGACUGAAAGACAAAGUCAAGCUGCUUGAAUGCACGGAAGCGAGCGAGCUUCUGGACUCGAUUUAGAUAGCAAACAAGCUGAUUGAUAUUAAUGAAUCAUUGAUGCGCACAGCGAUCUUUCCAGUUGUUUU